AUGGAUAAAACGGAGGAUGUAGCAGCCUUCGAAUACAAGAGGCUUCCAUUCGGCGUUGAAUAUGCGAAGUCAUCUCGCUCGUUCUGUAAGGGAUGCAAGAGCACAAUCGGCCAGGAUAGCAUACGUAUGUCGGUGCGGGAACCUAGUCGAUUUUUCGAUGGUUUGCAGGACAAUUGGUUUCAUCUUGCAUGCUUUUGGAAAAGGCUCAAGCCAGGGAAGACAGAAAUUAACGAGAGGUCAAUUAGAGGCAUGGAUAUGCUCAAGUGGGAUGAUCAG